GACCCGCCCUUGCUCUCCCUGGCGAGUUUGACAGGAGGUCCGACGGGGCUUUUUUCCGCGCAGCUCCGCCGAGGAAGGAGCAGGACCGCCGCCUUCUCUUCCUCCUCCGCUGCUCUCGAAGGCCAGAAGCCCCUCUGCGGACAUGUCGGAGCCCAGUUCCCGAGGAGGAGGAGGGGGAGGCGGGGGAGGAGGGGACAAGGACCCCCGGGCCGCCGUGGCUCAGCUGCUUUCGGGGCUGCGCUGGGCCCGCCUGGAGGAGCCCCUGGGGUUCAUUAAGGUGCUCGAGUGGCUCUUUGCCAUUUUUGCCUUUGGAGCCUGUGGUUCCUUCAGUGCAGAAACAGGGGCAACUGUGAAAUGCACAGAGGAUCCUCAAGAGACGACCGCUAUUACUGUGCAGUUUGGAUAUCCCUUCAGGUUGUACAAAGUUCCAUUUGAGAUGCCAGACUGUAUUCGUGGAUCUACUGCUAAACGGGUGCUACACCUCAUGGGAGACUUUUCAGCACCUGCGGAGUUUUUUGUGACCUUGGGCGUUUUUGCCUUCCUGUACACCAUGGCAGCUCUUGCAGUCUAUCUGCGGUUCCACUCCCUCUACAAAGAGAAUAAAAAACUACCUUUUGCGGAUUUCUGUGUCACUGUCUCAUUUACCUUUUUCUGGCUAGUAGCGUUUUCAGCUUGGGGCAAGGGCCUGUCAGAUGUGAAAGGAGCUACACGACCUUCUAGUCUCAUUGCUGCCAUGUCAGUGUGUCAACUCAAGUCUGCUGUUUGUAAUGCUGGGGCUACUCCUUCUAUGGGCCUGGCCAACAUCUCUGUGCUGUUUGGCUUUGUCAACUUUAUACUGUGGGCUGGAAACUGCUGGUUUGUUUUUAAAGAAACCCCUUGGCACGCACAGACCACCAACAAGGAAAGUUCUGCUGAACAAGGUGCUGUUGAUAAGCAAUAAGGACCCUUCCCCCUCAAUCCUGAAGCCUCCUGUUUCCCCACCAAGAACAAACCGACAGUGCCUUGUGUCUCCUACAUGCUCAUCUCAUUUCACAGCAGGGCAGGAAACAAUUCCUUUUCCGCCAACUUCGCUGCUGUCCAACAGUUAUAUUGGCUCCCCUCUGUGACUAUUACAGGAGGCCUCCCUCCAUCUGAAAUCAGAGGUCCUGGUGCGGUCCUAGACUGUUCAGUUUCAACAAAACGUUUCUUCAUUUUGAUUAUAUAAUUAUAAAUGUAUGGGACUGUACAUAGAGAUUUUGGCCACCAGUCCUAGGGUAUGUGAUGUUGUUUCCUCCAUAAUUGCUUUUUAAUUAAUUUAUGAAGGGUUGGGGGUGGGGGAGCAGGUAGCCAGAUAAGAACACUAGGAAGAACUAUGAUAUUUGUGCCAUAGAAAAUGAGAUUCUGGGUAUCUUUGAGACAAAGUACAUGUACAUUGCCACCCUAAUAAAGGCAGAAACAGAAACAUGCCAACUGGUUUUAGCAGCAAAGGAGGAAAACCAGUAUUUUUACUUUUGUUACAAAGAAGGAAAGUAUGUUGCAUUUUUUCAUGUUUCAUUAUAUUCAGAAUGAGCUAAACAUUUCAGCUUCACUUGCAUUCAAUUCAACUCAAUCUUAAGACACUAUUUACCUGAAGGUGGCUAGUUCACUGUUGCACAGCAAAUAGCUGGUGUUUCUUUUCUUUUAUCUUUGGUUAUACAUGGAUGUAUACUGUGUCCACAUUGAACCAGAAGUGCUCCUACCAGUGUGCAAUGAGUAUCAGCUGCUGGUUUUUGUGUUUGAUGCAAAUAACAAAAAGGUAAUGUCAGGCAAGUAUUUUUAUCACUUUCUAGGCAAAAACCCUGUUUCAAUGUUUUCCCGAGUUUUUGUUUUCUUUUAAAUACAGCUGUUCAGCUUCCCUGAGUACAAAAAACUAAAGAAAUUUUAUUUAGUUUCUAGAAUGACUAGUUAUAAAACUUGGGCCCAAGAAGCUUAGGGCAUUCAUUUCAAGAUUGAAAAGUAUGCAGAGAUAAUGUGUAAUUCUGCACUUAUCACACUAGGGGGGAAUCUCAGUGGUUUGUAAUUUUAAUACUGGCUCUUAGUACUAGAAUUAAUAACACCUGUGGAUCCCUAAAUUUUGUGGUGUGGAUAGAUUGUCCCAGACUCACAUGUGCUUGCCCACAUACCCUUUAACUCCAUUGUGGCAGGAGACAGCUGGCAGUAGAACUUAAAAAAAAAAACAUUUGGUGGAGAUCUGAGGCAUCUCAAGACUCGCAAAUGAACACAGGAGUUUUAAAGGAAGUUGCCAAACUACUUGGAUGUCCCUCAAUCAGAAAUCACAAUUACCAGAACACAAAUUUAGGACAAUAUAUAUCUUCUCUCCCUGCAUCUUUUAAGUUGUAGUUAUAACUUAUUGUGUUACUGUGACAUAUUUCCUUUUCUUGAUCCUGCCAUUGUUGCAUGCAGGAGACUGGAGCCUGACACUCAGCUUGCUCUAAACAAUUAUUCGUGCCCCUUUUCUCAAAUGUGUGUGAGUAAAUAGAGAAGGUCUCCAAAUCCUUAAACCCCAUUGCUUCCCAUAUGCUUAAUCUCAGAUGGGGAAAAUAAUUUUUGAGAGUGGAGAAAUAACAGCAGGAAGGUGAGUCUGAAGUCUUUCUCUGCUGAAUUAAAUCUUUCACCCGAGACCUUCUUUGGUCAUGGUCUCUCUCAUAUUUCCUUUUCUCUUUUUCUUCCUUCCAUGCUGCGAGAGAGGAAUUCUCUCUUGUAAUAGGAGACGUAUUCUUGGUGCUUUAUUAGAUGUGGGACCUCAAUGGUGAGCAAGACUACCUUUGUACAUUUUGUAAACUUCCUUCUUCUUUUGAUUAUUGAUUCUGCAUCAUAGAAAUGUACCCUUUAGGGAAUGCUGUCUGCCUCUAUCUGCUAUGGAACUACAAAGACUCUCUAGUUAGUAUUGUUAGAAUGAUGUUUCAUGGUAUUGUUUAAAAAAAGAAAGAAAACUCUUUCUGGUCAUAAACAAUACCACAAUAUACUGUGGAGAUCUAGUGAUGCAUCUUUGUCCAGAGUAGUGUUUUCCUUGUUUGCCCAUUAUAGGACAUCGCCCCUACAAUCUCUCUCUGAAACAGUUGGUAGUAUAUUAGGGAAAUCAGAGGAAGGGGAUCAGUCUUCCAUGUCUUCCCUAGUUGGAUGCAUUAACCUUACAUACUUAUCUGAGUCCUUCCUCUGUGUGUGUGUGUGUGUGUGUGUGUGUGUGUGUAUUAAUUCUUAAAAGAUUUGUGCAAGAUCUCCAGCAAGUAUAAGUUAAUGUCACAGUAAUGAGUGCUGCUAUUUCAUAUGAGCUGAGGAUUUGACCUUUACACAUAAGCCAUGGAGAAAGACUGAAUGCUACUUCAAACAUUGGAAAUGCGCUGUGUAAAUGGCUGCUAGAAGUAGAAAUAAAUGACCAGGAAGGAAAGCAUCCAAAUUGGUAGUGAUAGUUACCAAAACAGGAAAUUGUAUAAUUAUGUAUGAUUGAUCAUGCUACAGGUUCUACAAAUCAUUUCCCACAUGGCCCAAGUUCCUGAGAGUUACCUUGUGUCUUUAUAUUUAUUUGAAAUAAGGGUAAUAUAUAGUGUGGAAUAGCAGCAUUGCAUUUGUUACAUUCUUUGUGCCCAACAUAAGAGAAAGAGCAGUUGAACAGGCAGCAGGUGCAGGAUGUUUCACAUCCUUGUGGAUUUUCUACAUUUUGGGAUAGACCCAUUGCACUGAAACCACAGUUGUACUGAAUCACUACCCUAUUAGUGUCAAGCUACAUAUUGAGACCUGACACAACCCUCCUCUUUAGUGGAGGCCAGAAGACAAAUAUCUAAAAGAUGUUUCCCAACAAAGCAGCAGAAUUUAAAAUAGAAGAGGGAAGGGCCAACCUUGAUUUGUACUAGCAUUACAAUUUGUGGCCCAAGGAUUUUGAAAAAUGUUUUUCUUCUAAAUGGGGAAAGAGUAGGGUCCAGGUCUAGCAUCUAUACAAAUGCUCAAGUUGGGAAACAUUAUUAAGGAUGCAUAAAGAGGCUAAAUUAUCUGAAAACCCACCUGCUCUGUAAUGUCCUAAAAAGACUACAAUUUCUACUGAAUUUGGCACUGAAACUAGAACCUAUACUGAAUCCUCCUCAGCCUGGUCUGUCAGUCCUUGUUUUACUUCUCAUGUAGAAGAAGACGACAGUAUAAAGCAUGUCUUCCUCACUCCUGCUGAUUGUCAGUAUGGCUUUAACAACAUAUUUUGAGACUGCACUCUAAGGGAUUUGAACUUUAUGUUAGUUCACAGUUUCCAUCUUGAGCUUUGCCCAAUCCAUGUUAACAAAAUACAGUUAUUGUUUCAAGGAUUGCACUGUCAAAAGGGUCUAUCCUUAACAUAGCAUCAGGGGACAAGAUAUACAUUUGAAUGUUGUAAUGACAUGUUUACAUUUGAUAUUUUGAUUAGAAUGAUUUCUGCCUUUUGGCUGCGUAAAAUCAGCUAAUUUUGCCAAAAACGUGAAAGUGAUACUAUAGAUCUUCAAUUUCUGAGAAAAAUGUUCACAUUUUUGUCUUUUCAUGAUUUUUGGACAAACUAGUAGGUUUCUGACUGUAAAAUGUUCUUAGAAAUGUGAAAGGAAGGCUGCUUUGUCUAUGGAGGGCAGAGAUUUGAGGUCUUCUAGAGCCCUGGCCAUUAGCCCCACCUGCUGCAAUUACGGAAGAGAUACAGUUGAGCUUCUGUGUCCACACCUUGAAAAUGUUCAACAAAUUUAAAAAUUCCAAAAAGCAAAUUAUUUUACUACACAAUUGUGUGAUAUGUGACUUGAGCAUCCACAGACAUUUGUACCCACUGUGGUUCCUGGAACAAAGCUCCAACAGCUACCAAAGAACCACUUUUUAUGUAUUUUGAUGUGAUGGGCAGGGAUGCUUAUUGAGUAAUGCCAGUCAUAAUGAGCAUAGAGUUGGGUCAUGUAGGCCACCUAGCCUACCUUCAAUCUGGAUGAAAUCUAGACAGUGUCAGUAAUAUAAUGCUGUCCAGCCUCUUUGACCUCCUUGGUUUUUGAGAAGGAGAAGUUUCUACGCCAGUUAAUUGGUUCCAUUGGUGAGUGCUCUUAGUGUUGAGAGGUUUUCCAGGUGUUCAACCAAUAUUGAUACAAGUGUACCUCUUUAGCCAGUUAGAUAUAGUUGCCCUCUGGAACAGUAGAGAGCAAUCUUCUGUCUUGUAGACAUCAGAUCUUCAAGUAUUUUGAGAUAAACAUUUACUUCUGCACACUCUCUUAAAAAGGCUAAAAAUACCUCCACCCAUCUUUGGAGCACUUGUAGAACUUCAAGAAAUGGUUCAUGGACUUCUUGUGUGAGAGAAAGGCUGUAUCCACUUCAGGAAGGAUAAAAGUGUGGAUAAUGUCAUUAUAUAGUUUAGUCACUCGAUGGCAUUGACCUUAAUUGUAUUUGUGUAGAGUCAAUUGUUGUGAUAUGCCCUAUUUUUGUUUUUAAAAGGAUAUAACUGGUGUUUGGUGUGCUCUCUCAGCCUUCCAUAAAAGAUAGUAAUGUUGGACUAGUACAAGUACUGUAGUAAUAGUGAAAGGGAAUGUCUCUUAUUGCUACUGAUAAAUAAUUGUACAUGGCCUUGGGCUUACUGUUUCUUUUCUCUUUUUUCACACUGGUAAUCUUAUUAGAGUGAUUGCAGCAUGAAUCCACAAAUUUUGUACAGAAAUCACUUCAAGCAAUGAAUAUGUGGCUAAGGGAUUCAUUACAUAUAGCUUCAUGAUACAAAAACAUUGUGCAGUGGUAAGAAAAGGGAUAGAAACAAUGUUACGAAAGACCUAAUAAGGUUUGUGAAUGAGUAGGGAAUUUUAACCCAAGUCAUUAUCCUCCACAGUACCCUAUGCUGUUUUGUCACUGAAAAAAUCAGUCUGAAUAAAAAUAAAAUAAAUUAUACCACUUUUUCUUUCUUUUUUUUAAAAAAAAAACAAUUUCUCCCUGCUUAUGUAUAGAACAUAAUAAGAGUAAUAGGGGUUCAGACCUAUUGGAGAUUAAUACAGCUGCCCACCAAAACUGACAAGUAAAGUUGCAUUCUGCAUAAUGAGAAAAAAUUUGCUUAUCUUUCAACAAUUUGACAUUAAGACAGUACAACAGAAACCAAAUUCUGCUACUUAUGGCAUAAAUAAAUGCCCCAUCAAUAUCAGUUGUGAGGAUCCUUAGACAAGAGAGGUAUCCUAAUAUUGACCAUUACUAGUUGUGAGGCAAGGGUGAGAUGGGGAUAAUGUCAUUUUUGAUUCAAUAUCGUUCACCGAUCUGGUGUUCAUUUUCCUGGUGAAGUCUCUCCUUUUAACAAAUUACACUGCUUCAAAGCAGCAUUGUUGUUUGAUGGAAAAACAUAAAAUAUUCUCACAAAAAGAUCAGCUGAUAAUUGACACAAUUUUUCUACUCAUUUUUAAAUUUAAAAACUAUAUAAAAAGAUCCAGUGUUUAUCAUAGUUACUUGAGAAGCCCUAUCAAGUUAAUGAAAAACAGUCAAUAGAAUUAUUGAACUAAUAAUUCACAAAUCAAACAAUUUCAAAUUCAGAAGUCAACUUGGUUCAAUAAGGCCAGCAUAAAAUAUUGUGUCUCAUCAGUAGCUACUGUAUAGAAUAAAAGACUUGAUCAAUUUCAAUGUAUAAUAAUUAAAGAUCAUUCAUUUUUCACCUACAAAAAGAUUUCCCCCCAGUUCCUAUUAUGUUUUAACCAUUUGUCAUUUCUGAAUACUGGAAUCAUCAGGGUAAAUUGUAAGAGCUAUUAUAAACAAAUCAAGAGAAUAUGCAUUUUUAAUUUUUCAUGGGUGUGAUAGAGCAAUCUAGUUUUAUAUCUAUGAAGGUAUAUGGAUCUUAUAUGAAGGAUAGCUGAUUAGACUAAACAUACACAGUAGAGUCUCACUUAUCCAAUGUAAACGGGCCAGCAGAACGUUGGAUAAGUGAAUAUGUUGGAUAAUAAGGAGAGAUUAAGGAAAAGCCUAUUAAACAUUAAAUUAGGUUAUGAUUUCACAAAUUAAGCACCAAAACAUCAUGUUAUGCAACAAAUUUGACAGAAAAAGUAGUUCAAUACACAGUAAUGCUAUGUAGUAAUUACUGUAUUUACGAAUUUAGCCCCAAAAUAUCAUGAUGUAUUGAAAACAUUGACUACAAAAAUGUGUUGGAUAAUCCAGAACAUUGGAUAAGCGAGUGUUGGAUAAGUGAGACUCUACUGUAUAUCUUCAGGUCACUAUUUUAUAAAUAAAUAGUGUAUAGAGCCAGGAGGCUAUUUUUUGUUUGUUUUUUAGGAUCUUGACUAACAAUUUGUCCUGUUACCUUGAUUGCAAAAAUUAUUGAUGUUAGUAAUCACUCAUGUUAGUCAUUUGUCACAGAUAACACAAAAAUCUGAACUUUUGGAAUUCUUCUGCUUAGCAUAAUGUGGUGUAAUGAAUAAAAGAAAAAAGAGUAUAGCUGCCACAUGCAGAAGCAAACAGGAUAAAUGAACAGGUUAUUCAGUGCCAUCUUGAACAUUGUAAACUAUUAAAGGGUUAAACAUAUUUAGUGGCACAAUAGUUGUUGCUUAUACAUCUCCAAGAAUCAGUGGGAGAAGAUGCUUUUCUCCAACGUAGUAUCUGUGCCUAAGAAGUGAAUAUGUUGACAUGUUCUUGCUGUACCAGAAUAUUGGGAAUCUAUUGCCAACUUAAACCUGGUGGAGGAUUAAUGCACAGAUGGGAAACUCACGGCCCUCCAGAUGUCAUUGGGCUAUAACUCCUAGCAGCCAGCUUCACCAGUGGUGAGGAAUGCUAUGAGUUUCACUCCAAAAACAUCUGGGAGGCCACAUGAUUCCCAUACUUGGAUUGCUGCAUGCAGUAAUAUCCCCAUAAUAGUGGAACCCAUAUCUGUGGUUUCACUUGUUGUUGUUAUUCAUUCAGUCGUUUCCGACUCUUCGUGACCUCAUGGACCAGUCCACGCCAGAGCUUCCUGUCGGCCAUUGCUGCCCCCAGUUCCUUCAAGGUCAAGCCAGUCACUUCAAGGAUACCAUCCAUCCAUUUUGUCCUUGGUCGGCCCCUCUUCCUUCUUCCUUCCAUUUUCCCCAGCAUCAUGAUCCAUUUAGUUUUCAUGGCAAGAAUACUGGGGUGGGUUGCCAUUACCUUCCCCAGGGAUCGUAUUUAGUCUGACCUCUCUGCAUGACCUUCCUGUCUUGGGUGCCCCUUCACGGUUUAGCUCAUGGCAUCAUGGCGCAAGCCCCAGCACUGUGUCAAGGUAACGAUCCUUCGCAUGGGGUGGUUUCACUUCAAACCACGAAUUCCUAGAAAGAACACAUCUAUAAGAAUUUCUAGGUCCUCUCGAUCACUGCUUCUUUAACUGUGGGUCCUGAUCCUAAGUGGGGUCAGUGUUGAGGUCCACAAAAUUUGGCAACAGGAAAGGUUUUCUGAAAAUCACAUAAUGGCAGUUUUAGACAUUUACACAAACCCGUUCAGUGUUUGAAAUGGAUUCUGCAGAAGAUGCUUCAGCUGUAGUUCAUAAAAAGGAACAUCUGCCUGUUUAAUGAGCCUUACAAAUGCUGAUUUAUUAUCAGUAAAUAUCUGAAUUUUAUACCUGUUUUAUAUACCUAUAUACCUAGAGUCAAAUAUACAUUUCUCAGGUCGAAAGAGGGUGCAAAUGGAAAAGUUUAAGAAGCCCUGCUCUAGGUAACCCUGUGGUAUGUUGGAACCAGAAAACAGGCAAUUUAAUGGUGUUCAGUUGUAUCUAUGGUUUCAGAAUAUCAUAGUCUCGCUAGAAAUAUAUCUGUCGCAAAUACAGGGGUCUUACUGUAUAAACAUUUGAAUCAUGGAGAUAAACCUCCAUAACCUCACUUGAUUCUAGAGUGUUAUUAAUUGUGAAAAGCACUCUAUGUUCAUAUUGAUUUCUUUUCCAUUCUAGUUUGUAGUGGUUUUGCAACAAUUUCAUAUCACUGUUCUACAAGAGACUGAAGGAAGGAAAGUUAGAAGGGAGUCAAAUAAACAAAAUUAAAACUA